CAUGUCCGUGCACGUCUCAAUCGUCACCACCUCCAUCUGACGUCCCAAAUAUUAGGGAUUUUGAGAUUUUGCAAAUUUCGAAGCUUUGACCAUUGCCAUUUGGAUCUCAAUUACGACGACCAAAGUCGAAGGCCGAGAAGUUAAUAAUGGAGCCGCCUGCAAUUCCAUACAAUCCUCAUAAUCGACUGUUUCGAGACUUCACAGGCGAACCGAUCUCGAAUUCUGUUUCGUAUAGGAGACAAAUGGGUGCUCACGCAGCGAUUGGCGGUCCUGUAGGCAGACCGAGCUACGAUGGCCGUACAGAUUCUGCCCGUUCGGCCGAUGGUAGAACGAACAGCUUUCGUAGCCACAGGACAAAAAGCCCUACGAAUGGAGAACUGCAUGAAGCCCGAGGCAUGCACUCUGAAUUAGCCUCGCCGGACGAGAACUAUGAUGACCUUCGGAAGCUGGACUUCAACCUGGGUGCAAUCGAUGAAGGAAAAUCAUCUGCUGCUUCAGUCAACAGCGUAUCUCGAGCGUCUCAAGCAACUGGUGCUACGUCAACGUCCAAGAGCAGCAGGCUACCCGAUUUCUUUGCACACGACGUCUUUCAAACCGUUCUUCACAACCCCACAACGUCGCACCAGCUACUCAGGUACAGCCAGUCCAGGCUAUGCGGCGAGAACCUCGAAUUUCUUGAGAAGGUGGACAGAUACAAUGCCUUACUCAACGAUGUCGCCAAUAACAUGUUCGAGAUCCACCGCGACUUCAUUUCGGUCAAUGCAGCAAAUCAGAUCAACAUCCCCGACAGCAUUCUCAUCAAAGUGAACAAGGACCUCAAAGCUGCUCUGGCGACCACCCUUCCCAGACUCGAAUCUGUUUUCGUCGAUGCGCAGAAUGACAUUGAACGACUCGUAGCCAUGGACAUCUAUCCUCGCUUCGUACGACAUCAGAUGACCAUGAGCGCCGCGAAAGCCUUGGCCAGCAAUAGGGUCAAAUAUGCCGGUCUGGGUGAUUGCUUCGUGUUGACUGAUCCAGCAAAGGCAGAUAACCCGAUCGUCUACGCCUCCGACGGUUUCGUCAAAGUAACGGGAUAUGAACGCAACGAGAUCAUCCCUCGGAACUGUCGCUUCCUGCAGAACCGGCACACCGACAAGUCUGCGGUAGGCCGGCUUCGCGACGCGAUACAAAAGCGUGAAGAGUCAGUCGAAUUGUUGUUGAAUCAACGAAAGACAGGCGAGCCCUUCUGGAACCUGUUGUAUACGGCACCCUUAUUUGACGCGAGCGGCAACGUCGUCUUCUUCCUUGGGGGACAGAUCAACUGUUCGACCACAGUACACAGUCAAUCCGACGUGUUGAGGAUAUUGGCCAUGUCGAACGAUACGGACGAAAAAGCUGCCAAUGGCGUCUUGUCGCCUCCUGCGCCGGAACAGAAACAACGACCGCGUGCAAGUAGGUUGUUUUCGUCAUUCAGGAGUAAGCAGAUUGUGGAGCCCCAGGGCCCGCCGGGCAUGGAGGAAACCAUGAUCAACAAGCUUGAGAAGAUGAAUCUGAAGAAGCAGAUGGACACGUUCUACACGGCUUAUUCCAAGUACAUCGUUGUCAAUUACUCGACUUUCUACAUCUCGUUUCACUCUGCCGGGAUUGCGUCGAUGUUGUACCCGACGAAACCGGUACCGAAGAACACGGUUUCCCAGCUCGUGGGAAUGGACGUCUUCCGGUUCCUGGAGGCACACGCCAAGAGCAAACUGGGCAGCGAAUUCAAACAACGCGUCCGCUCGUCGUUGAAGAUGGGCCACGCGACUUCUAUGGACGUCACACUAUGCACACGCCGAUUCAUGGGGUUCGAGCGUUUCGCGACGCAUUGGACACCAUUGAAGAACGAGACCAACGAGGUUGGCUUCGUCAUCAUGACCCUGGGCAGUUACCAGGAUUGAACAAGUUCGCAAAUGACGAUUAGGGAUUACAAUGGUCUGUCUCGAGAUCUCAUGACCUGAAACAAGAGACUUCGCCGAGAAGCAAGACGUCUCAGCACUUCUCAUGGUCCGCGGCGACACUUCACAAGGAGUGGGACACAUGCCCGUGAUCACUCA